AAUCGAACAUUAAAUAAUCAUAAAUAAAUAAAUAAAUAAAAAAGCAUCAAUUAAACCUAGUUUCCAAGUAUUGAAAAGCACAUGCCUUUUAUAAAUAAACAAAUAAACAAUUAAAUAUUCGCGAUGUAGGGUUUUUGUCGCCACCAGCAGCAAUGUCGAAAAAACGCGGGAGAAUCACAAACCCGGAGCCCUUCUUACCACUGGGCUCCGACGCCUUCUUCUCCUCCAACAAACGCUCGAAGCAACAAAAGAACCACCAGCUCCACCAGAAGCUCCUCCCCUCCGCCGCCAGCUCCAAAAUUCUGAAAGAAGCCCUUCUUCAGCAAAAGGAAAUCCAGCACGAGGAGGAUAACGAAAUCAAUUUCUCCGACCAGAACCCUAAUAAUAACUUCGCCCUUCCCCAAUUGCAUGGCCUCAAAGACAACCGUGGUGAGGACGAUGUCGGUGAUUUUGAAGGGUUCCCGGAAACCCAGACUCAAUUUGGGCAACAUGGUUUUGAGGAUGAAAUUGACGAGGAAGACGAAAAGCUGCUCGAAGCCUUUCUAUCAAAAGACGGCCGCCUUCAAGCAUUGGCCGAUACCGUAGUUGAUAGGAUCAAAGAAAAAGAUGCUCAACUUUCUACAGAAACGAAGACGACACCAAAGUCGGACGAAUACAUAGAGCUGUACAAGGGGGUCGGAAAGAUGCUUAGCAAAUACACCUCAGGCAAGAUACCGAAGCUGUUGAGGCACAUAGCUUCUAUGGAAUGCUGGGAGGAAGUCUUGAACCUGACCGAACCUGAAAACUGGUCGCCGCAUGCAAUGCAUCAAGCGACGAGAAUCUUUGCUUCUACUAUGGAUGUCAAGAAAGUCGAGAGAUUCUAUAAGCUCGUGUUGCUCCCGUUUGUGAGACGAGACAUUCGAAAUAAUAAGAAGCUGCGCGUGCACCAUCCUUUGCACCCUGCCCUGCACCUGGCCUUGAAGAAGGCUCUAUACAAACCAGCUGCUUUUAAUAAAGGAUUCUUGUUUCCCUUGUGUGAGUCGAGGACAUGCUCUAAAGAGGAAGCUCGUAUUAUUGGGGACAUCCUUAAGAAGAUGUCGAUUCCUGUUCUUCACUCUAGUGUUGCACUGUUGAAGCUUGCAGGGAUGGAGUACUUUAGUAAAACAAGUUUAUUCAUAACGAUACUAAUUGAGAAGAAAUACGCAUUACCGUACCGUGUACUUGAUGCGUUGGUUGCUCAUUUUAUGAAAUAUUACGAUGAAUCCGAUGUAAUGCCUGUUGUCUGGCAUCAGUCUCUUCUCGCAUUUGCACAAAGUUACAAAAAUGAACUGACAAAGGAAGACAAAACUAAUCUCAAAACUCUAGUCGGAAGGCAAAGGCACAACUCAAUUACAUCCGAUAUACUAAUGGAAUUAAAUAACAGCCGUAAUCGUGGGGAGAAAGAUGAUGAUCUUAUGUCAAUCUCAAGACCUCAUUCUCUUGUUACGAAAACGAUUCAAGAAGACAGGUUUGAUAUCCCGGAUGUGCCGAUGGAGGAAGAUUAAGUAAUUUGCUCAAUAACCGCCGUUGUCUCUGUUGGUAAACAGUCUUCUUCUUCCCUAUAAAUAAUCAUAAUCCAUCUCAUUAAGUAAUCUAGUUUUUGCUGCAAAUCACGUGUUUAUCUUCGUAAACAUGGAUACGGUUACCGCGUGGAUGAUUUCUUAUUGUUCAAAAUACUUUUUUCGCAGGAAACGUUUGCAGGUGGACGAGUUUUGACGACGAUAGAUAAUUAAGUUACGUAAUGCUAGAGCAUAUAUUCAUUCCACUGUUCUUUUUAUAGACAUCCAUUUUUUUUUUCUUUUUCUCUUUUCUUCAUAGAGCCUAAUACUCGUCCUUAAGUUAUGCACGCUGAUAAAUUAUUUCAGUGAUAAUUUUGUAAUGUUAUUCGACUUAGAUUUGCAAUUUGCAGCCCGAAAAUCUGAAAAUAACAAAGUCCACCCUCAAAUUAUACAUUUUAUGGCAAAA